AUGACUACAGACGGCACCUCCGGCAUCUCAGUCGAGCGCCUUGACUGGAACAACUACCCAGCAUGGGCAGCCAACAUGAAGUUCUUCCUCACCACCAAGAAGUGUUGGCACAUGGUCAUCCACACCGAGCCUGCAGCCAACGCUGAAGACCGCAAGGCAGACGAGCUCGCCCUCUCCUACAUUGGCCUGUGCGUCAAGCCG